AUGCGAAUACCAACCGGCCUCUCGACCCUCCUCUUCUCCUCCGCCCUCCUCCCCAGCCUAGCCUCCGCGUCCGGCGGCUUCGACUGUCACAACAUCAUCGUUGACAGCUACAAGUAUGACCUCAGCACUCUUGGCGGCGUACACACGCUCUACCACGUCGACGAAACAGAAGACUACGUCGUCAACACAACCUACGUGCUCAACAUCUGCAACAUCCUCAAGGGCGCUGCCCACCGCGGCCACCUGAAAUGCCCGACAUCCAAGAAUAUCUGCGGCUUUCAAUACAAAACCGCCCUAGACAGCCACAAGGAAGAAAGCACCGUCUUCCCGAUCGUCGGCCUCGACCACCUCGGUCACGGUACCAAAGAUGCCGAAAUCACCCGCCUGAAGAAGCUCGAUUCUGAACAGGAGGGUCUCCUCGUCAAACUCGCCGGAGGCGAAUACUUCGACGAAGAACAACAAAAGAAGAAGAACGCCGGCGCCGUGAUCGAGUUCCAGUGCGAUCCCGACCGGUCGGGACUAGAGGGGUUGCAGACGACCGAAGACACGGAGGAGGAGCGCCGUCGGCGGUGGCAGCUGAGUCAACGCGCAGACGAGACUAACGGCGACAAUGAGAAUAAUGACAACGGCACUAUCCCCGAGGGCGGACGCAGUUUGCAGUUUAAGAGUUUCGGGCCCGCGGAUGAUGAUACCUACGUGUUGAAGUUGAAUUGGAGGACACGGUACGCGUGCGAUGAUUACAAGGAUGAGCCCGGCGAGAAGAAUCCUAGUGAAGGUGAUGGGUCGAGUCAUUGGGGGUUCUUUACUUGGUUGAUUAUCAUGUAUGUUUUGCUGCCCUCCCCCCGCUCCCUCCGUCGUCUUUACAUUAUCCCUAUUGGAAACCGGGGCCGACUAACGAGAUUCAUCUGUCAAGUCUAUUCCUCUGCAUCGCAGCAUACCUCAUCUUCGGCUCCUGGCUCAACUACAAUCGCUACGGCGCCCGCGGGUGGGAUCUCCUCCCGCACGGCGACACGAUCCGCGAUAUUCCCUAUCUCUUCCAGGAUUGGUUACGGCGGGUGGUCAACACGCUACAAGGGUCGGGAUCUAGAGGGGGAUAUAGUGCUGUUUAGGGGGGCUAGAGUUUGA